AUGUCAUUGGCAAAAUUAUUGAAUAAUGAUGAUGAUGAUAACAACAUAAAUUUACCAAAUAUUAAUGUUAAUAAUACCAACACUAAUGACACUUCAUCAUCCAUUGUCACAAAUACACAUACCACCAACACUACAACAAAUCUGCAAAAGGAAAAAUUCCUCAACAAAUUAAACAACGAUUUUAAUCUAUUGAAUAAAAGAGAUAAUUUAGAACUCAAUUAUCAAGAUUGGAAAUUCUUAAAUUAUCAGGAAUUCGAACUACUAAACGAAUGGAACCAACAAUCAAAAGAAUGGAAUAAUUCAAUUAAAAAUUUCGAAUAUUUAUAUUCUCUAAUGAAAAAAUAUAAAUCAGAAUGGGAAAACUAUCUAACUCUAAAAUCAUCAGAUAAGUAUUUGAAGAAUGUCGUCAACGACUGUCUCAUUAAUAGCAACACUAACAACCUAAAAUCAAAGUCAAAACUGAAAACUGAUACAAAGACUAAGGCAAAAUCAAAAUCAAAAUCAAAACUGAAAUUGAAAUCAAAUUCAGAUGCAAAAGUAAAAUCAAAGUCAUCAAAUGCAAAGGCAAAGGCAAAGACAAAAUCAGUAUCUACACAACAAAAGAGAAAACGCACUACAAGUAUCAAAAACCUACUAGAAAAGGAAGAUUCUGCUUUAACCUCAUUAGACGAUAUGGAUGAAAUCGAUGAUGUUAAUGAAAUAUUAAAUAAUGACAAUAAUGAUGAAAUCACUCAAAAUUCAAAGGAUCUCUCAACCACCACUGCAACUGAAAAGAAAUUAAAUACUAAAACAUCUCCUUCAAAGAAACGUAAAGAUGAAGUACGUGUUGCUAUGAAAAAACCAAUGACUUCGACACCAAACGUUAAAACGGAAAACAAAUCUAAACAAAAAUCCAAUAAAAAGAAUAUUGAUGCCGACGAUAACACUUAUGAUGACAAUAACUUAAUAAAUGGGAAAGAUACAGAAGAACUGGAUGAUAUAGAGAAAGCUAAAGAUCUAGAAGAUAAUACAGAUAUAGAAAUUGAAGGAACUAAUGAAAAUGAAGAUGAAGAUGAAGAUGAAGAUGAAGACGAAGAUGAAGACGAAGAAGACGAGGAGGAAGGUGAAGAAGAAGAAGAAGAAGAAGAAGACGAAGAAGGAGUGAUAAAUAUGAUAGAAAAUGAAGAUGAUGAAGACUAUUUCGCACCAGGGAAAAAGUCAGGAAGACAAAAUGCAUCUAAAGUAGCUGGUGAACCAGCUGCUCCAGUUCCAAAAACUCCAACUACAAUUCACAGUGAUAGAGAAAGAAUAGUAAGGGAAUUGAUUAAAAUGUGCAAUAAAAAUAAGAACAAAAAAUCUAGGAAAAGGAGAUUCACAAAUUCUAUUGUUACAGAUUAUAACCCUGAAGAAAAUAAGCUAAUAGUGAAAGUUACUUUAAAACAAUACCAUGUAAGAAAAUUAAAAAAAUUAAUCAAUGAUGCAAAGAAGUUAAGAGAAGAAGAAGAGAUGAAAUUGAAAAAGAGUCUAAUGAAAGAAGCAGAAAAUGCAGAAGAAUUAGAAGGUCCUUCUUCUAAGAAGAAGAAGUUGAAUAGCGGAACCGCUCAAAAUGAAAAUGGGGGUGAACAAAAUUCAGAGUUCAUUCAAAAUACUCAUGACUUACCAACCUACGGUAUGCAAAUGACUUUGAAAGAAGCAAAGGCCAUCAAAAGACAUUAUGAUAAUACAUUCUUCACGAUUUUAAAAGAUUUGGCUCGUAAAGAUUCUGCUAAAAUGGCAAGAUUAGUACAACAAAUUCAAUCUAUAAGGGCAACUAAUUUCAAGAAAAAUUCAUCUGUCUGUGCAAGAGAAGCUAGAAAGUGGCAACAGAGAAACUUCAAGCAAGUUAAAGAUUUCCAAACUAGAGCAAGAAGAGGUAUUAGAGAAAUGUUGAAUUAUUGGAAGAAAAAUGAAAGAGAAGAAAGGGAUUUAAAGAAAAAGGCAGAAAAAGUUGCAAUGGAACAAGCAAGAAAAGAAGAAGAAGAUAGAGAAAAUGUAAGGCAAGCUAAAAAAUUGAAUUUCUUGUUAACACAAACAGAACUGUACUCACAUUUCAUUGGUAGUAAGAUUAAAACAAAUGAACUAGAAGGCAAUAUGAAGGAUGAUGAAUUUGAUGAAAAUGAAGAUAAUUUGAUGAAUAACAUCGAUCUUGAUAGUACAAGUUCAGUUAAAACAGAUUUUAAAACAAUUGAUUUUGAUAAUGAAGAUGAUGAUGAACUAAGAAGAAAAGCUGCUCAAAAUGCCUCAAACGUAUUACAAAAAUCUAGAGAAAAGACAAAGAAAUUUGAUAACGAUACCAGUAAUGGUGAGGAAUUGAAUUUCCAAAAUCCAACUUCUUUGGGUGAGGUUGUUAUUGAACAACCUUCGAUUUUAGCAUGUACACUAAAGGAAUACCAGUUAAAGGGUUUAAAUUGGUUAGCAAAUUUAUACGAUCAAGGUAUUAAUGGUAUCUUGGCAGAUGAAAUGGGUUUAGGUAAAACUGUCCAAUCCAUUUCUGUGCUGGCUCAUUUAGCAGAAAAGUAUAAUAUUUGGGGUCCAUUUUUGGUCGUUACUCCAGCUUCAACAUUACACAAUUGGGUAAAUGAAAUUUCUAAAUUUGUUCCACAAUUCAAAAUUUUGCCUUACUGGGGUAACUCGAAUGAUCGUAAAAUUCUAAGAAGAUUCUGGGAUAGAAAAAAUUUAAGAUAUAAUAAAGAUUCUCCAUUCCAUGUCAUGAUCACUUCUUAUCAGAUGGUUGUUUCAGAUACAAGUUAUUUACAAAAGAUGAAAUGGCAAUACAUGAUUUUAGAUGAAGCUCAAGCCAUUAAAUCGUCGCAAUCAUCUCGUUGGAGGAACUUAUUAAGUUUCCAUUGUCGUAAUAGAUUGCUAUUAACAGGUACUCCAAUUCAAAAUAACAUGCAAGAAUUGUGGGCCUUGUUACAUUUUAUUAUGCCUUCUUUGUUCGAUUCGCAUGAUGAAUUUAAUGACUGGUUUUCAAAAGAUAUUGAAUCACACGCAGAAGCCAAUACAAAGCUAAAUCAACAACAAUUACGUCGUUUACAUAUGAUCUUGAAACCCUUCAUGUUAAGACGUGUGAAGAAGAACGUUCAAUCAGAACUAGGUGAUAAGAUUGAAAUUGAUGUCAUGUGUGAUCUAACUCAAAGACAAGCUAAAUUGUAUCAAAUUUUGAAAUCUCAGAUGUCUACAAAUUACGAUGUAAUUGAAAAUGCAGCUGGUGACGAUGAUACAGGCUCGGACCAAAAUAUGAUCAAUGCAGUAAUGCAAUUUAGAAAGGUCUGUAAUCAUCCAGAUCUAUUUGAAAGAGCGGAUGUGGAUUCUCCAUUCUCUUUCUCCAUUUUUGGUAAAUCUAGUUCGUUAUCUAGGGAUAAUGAGCCUCUAGUUGAUAUAUUGUAUUCAACAAGAAAUCCAAUUACAUAUCACUUGCCAAGAUUAAUCUAUAAUGAUCUAAUCUUACCAAAUUAUGAGAAUGAUUUGGGCCUCAAGAAUAAAUUAUUAAAUUAUACAUUUAGUAUAUUUAAUAAUGAAAGUACAUGCAAAGAAAUCUCUCGGGUUACAGGGUUAACUUAUGGUGAAAUAAAGCGUGUUGUGCAUAGAGAUUUACUGAUGAAUGCUAUUCACUUGAAGGAGCCUUAUUCGAGACAAACAUUCCUGGAAAAAAUUUCAGUUAUCGAGGAUAAUGACAAAACAUUCUCUGAUAUGAAUUUCAAAUCAAAUUUAAAAUUAAUUGAAAGAUCUGCCAAACUUGAUGCAUUAAGCAGAGUAACUUCAACUGGUGUAUUAAAUUCAUUGUUAAACAUAAAGGAGCAAGUAUUUGAUAACGAAUACUAUAAUGCUAUCAGUCGUAGCUAUCAUCCAAAUGUAUCAUCAUCUCCCGUUUCAAUUCAAGUUUUAGGUAAUCGCCACUUUUCUAUUCAACAAGAAGAAGAAUUGUUCAAGCCUGUAAUCUCUAAAGCAUUAAGUGAGAUUCCAGCCUCAACUCAAUAUAAUAUGGCUGUGGAAAAGAAAAUACCAUUGCAUGAUUUCCCAGUGUCUGGAUUAUAUCCAUCACCAUUAAAUAAAAGUUUCUCUUCUUAUAUUUCAAUGCCAUCGAUGGACAGAUUCAUAACAGAAUCUGCUAAGUUAAAGAAAUUGGAUGAAUUAUUAGUUGAACUGAAAAAAGGUGAUCAUCGUGUUUUGAUUUAUUUCCAAAUGACAAAAAUGAUGGAUCUAAUGGAAGAAUAUUUGACAUAUCGUCAAUAUAGUCAUAUUCGUCUGGAUGGUUCUUCCAAGUUAGAAGAUCGUCGUGAUUUAGUUCAUGAUUGGCAGACAAGACCGGAUAUAUUCAUUUUCUUGUUAAGUACCAGAGCAGGUGGUUUAGGUAUUAAUUUAACAGCAGCUGAUACUGUUAUAUUUUAUGAUUCCGAUUGGAAUCCUACCAUUGAUUCACAAGCUAUGGAUAGAGCGCAUAGAUUGGGACAAACAAGACAAGUUACUGUUUACAGACUAUUGAUCCGUGGUACUAUUGAAGAAAGAAUGAGAGAUAGGGCAAAACAAAAGGAACAUGUUCAACAAGUUGUUAUGGAAGGUAAAACUUUGCAAAAGGAUGUGAAAACUAUAGAAUCAGGGGGUGAUGUUAAAGCGGCAGCAGCAGCAUCUACAGCACUUACCACCAAUUAA